UGAUGGCAUCGCCCUCACUUGCGAGGAACCCCACAAAUAUAAACCGCCUAAACCUUUCCUUGCUCUCGAAGAGUCAGUCUCAGGCAGAGGAGAGGAGAGGAGAGGAGAGGAGAGGCUCAUAUAUGACUUAGACUAGUAGAUCGUGCGAUGCGAGUAUCUGCAGAUCACUUCUUCUUCUUCUUUUUUUUCUUUCGUUUUGGUUGUUGAUUUUAUUUUCCCCUUCUAAGUGGCAGUUAGUUACCCAUGGAGAAUACUGAAUUUUUGGUAGAUGAUGAUGUUUCCGCGCUAAUUGAUUGGGAUUUGUGCGAUGGAUCGCAGAAUUGUGCUGAUAUUUUCGGAACAGAGGUCCCUGCGCCUGCCUUGGAUUCUCCCAAGUAUUCUGAUGCGCCGGUCUCUUCGUGGUUCAGCGAGAUCGAGAACUUACUGAUGAAAGACGACGAUGAUUCCCCUGCGGAUCUCGACUUUCACUCCUGCGAGAAUUUCCUCGAAGAUGUUCUCGUCGAUUCUAAUUCCGGUGACUGCUGUUGUGUUUCAACGGAUAAGGAAUCGAGCGGUUCGGAGACGAAGGAAGAGCAGGAGAAACUAGACGGAUCUAAGGGGAACGGUGAUGAUGAUGACCCGGUCGCCAAGAAACGGAGGAGGCAGAUGAGAAAUAGGCAUGCGGCGGUGAGGUCAAGAGAGAGGAAGAAGACGUACGUGAGGGAUUUGGAGAUGAAGAGUACGUAUUUAGAAGGGGAAUGCAGGAGACUGGGGCGGUUGCUUCAGUGUUUUGUUGCUGAGAAUCAAGCUUUACGCCUUACUUUGCAGAAAGGCAGUGCAUUUGGUGCUUCGUCGGCCAAGCAGGAGUCUGCUGUGCUCUUGUUGGAAUCCCUGCUGUUGGGUUCCCUGCUUUGGUUCCUGGGCAUCAUGUGCCUGUUCUCUCUACCAACACAACCCCAGUCGUAUAUGGGGGCAGUCCGACUGGGAAACCAGAAAAGUCCAGAAAGUCUGGUUCGAAAAGGAGCAGGAAGUAACAUGUUUAUAUUCCUCCCCCAAUUGUUGGUGAACAAUAGAAGGUGCAAAGCUUCAAGGACGAAGAUGAAACGAGAUUUCUUUUUGGUCUGAGGCCUCUCUUUUCAUAUUAAACUUUUUUUAUUUUUAAAUUUUUUUUGUUGCUUUUGUUCGUGAGAAACAUCUUUUUAAGGUUUUUUAUAGUAUAAAUAAACAAUCAUGGUAGGAUGAUUUUGAGUGAAAAAAACCCUUCAUUCUGGGUAUCUGUCUGUGUUUCAUUUUGGUCUC